AUGGCAACCACGUCAUCAUAUCCCACCAUGAGCGCCAAGCUGGAUCUUCGCGGGGAGCAAUACCAGGCGAACAAGACAAGCUGGGAGCCAAUCCUGGAGAAGUUCGAAAACGCGCUCAAGCAGGUUGCCGUGGAGGGAAAUGAGGUCUCUGUUCGUCGACACCAAAGUCGCGGCCAACUUUUACCCCGCGAUCGGAUUUCUCUCCUUUUAGACCAAGACUCGCCAUUCUUGGAACUAUGUGCCUUUGCCGGCUAUGAGAACGAAAACUCAACGCCAUGCGCCAAUUUGGUUUCGGGAAUAGGUAAUAUCUGUGGACGGCCAUGUUUGCUUAUGUCCCAUAUACCCACGCAAAGCGGUGGAGCCUGGAACGAAAUGACUGUCCUAAAGGUUAAUAGGAUCUUGGAGAUAUCGCUUCAGAAUGACCUCCCCUUGAUAUCGCUCGUGCAGUCGGCUGGGGUAUUCCUUCCCCAGCAGCGAACCGUAUUUCAUAAAGGUGGCCAGCUCUUCCACGACCUUGCGAUUCGCACAAAGAUGGGAAAGCCAUCAUGCGCUAUCGUGUUUGGGUCAUCAACUGCAGGUGGUGCAUACCAUCCAGCACUCUCUGAUCAUACCAUCUUUGUGGAAAACCAAGCACAGGCCUUUCUCGGGGGUCCUCCUUUAGUGAAGAUGGCGACUGGAGAGGUUGUCGAGGCCGAAGAGCUUGGAGGAGCUAAAGUUCAUGCUACGAUGACUGGACUAGCAGACCAGAUUGCGGUAGAUGAAUUUGAUGCUAUCGAAAAGUCGCGCGAAUGGGUUGCAUCCCUGCAGAUGAGUAGCCCGACGACUUCGGAUCUACUUGAGCCCGUUUCUCCACGAUAUUCUAUUGACGAUUUGCUUUCGAUUGUCAACCCGGACAUUCGUAAGCCAUUUGACAUGAGUGAAGUCCUCGUUCGUCUUGUCGAUGGCUCGCGUCUCUCUGUUUUCAAGCCAAAAUAUGGAGCGAAUAUGAUCACAGCCUGGGCUCAUAUAAUGGGAUUUCCCGUCGGCAUUGUUGCGAAUGCGAUAUCUAUAAUCAAUCCACAGGAGGCGUCGAAAGCUGCACAAUUUAUUCGUCUUUGCAACCAGCAGAACACUCCUAUCAUAUUCCUACACAACGUUACUGGCUUCAUGGUGGGUCAAAAAGCAGAGCACGCAGGAAUCAUCAAAAUGGGUGCUCAGCUCGUAUCUGCCGUGAGCUGUUCCAAGGUCCCACAUAUCUCCGUUAUACUCGGAGCGUCGUACGGCGCAGGAAACUACGCAAUGUGCGGCCGGGCAUAUAAGCCACGCUUCAUUUUUACCUGGCCAACUGGUAAAUGCAGCGUAAUGGGACCUGAUCAGCUGGCUGGUGUGAUGGAGACGGUGCAGUUGGCCAGCGCCAAGUCCAAGGGAAAGACUCUGUCACCGGAAAGUUUGAAGAGUCAGAUUCAGGAGUUCAGAGACACGGCACAGAAAGAUGCAGAGUGCUAUUCAACUAGCUCGAUGUUAAUCGAUGACGGUAUUAUUGAUCCUCGUGAUACUCGUGACAUACUUGGCAUGUGCCUGGACGUGGUGAAUUUGCAAGGAGUGAAGAGCCAGGGAAAUCACCAGUUCCUAGCAAGAAUUUGA